AUGGCGGCCAUUAGUAUCUUCUUCCGCCUCCUCCUACUGAUCUCCUUCGUGCCAGCACUUGUCCCGCAGGACACUAUCUUCGACGUCGAGCUAGUCCACCGCGACUCCCCGAAGUCGCCACUGUUCAACAGCUCGAUGACACCCUUCGAUCGCCUGCAGGCUGCCGUCGUCCGCUCGGUCAACCGAGCUAGCUACUUGGACAACCGCAUCGACAUGAAGACCUCCAUCAACAUAGAGCUCGGCUUGCGUUAUGAUGACGGGGAAUUCUUGAUGCGGUUCAGGAUGGGCACGCCAAACUCGCAAUCUAUGUGGGGGGCAUCGUUGACACUGAUAUGCCAGUACCAUGCCACCUACGGUGACGGCUCCAACAUUGACGGAAUUUUCUCCUCGGAAACCUUUAGUUUCACCUCGUUAGGUACAAACCAAAAUACCUUCAUUCCAAAUAUGCUCGCCCCUAAGUACAUUAGUAAGUACUUCUCCUACUGCUUGGACAUGCUCCGUGGGGGAGAUGCCAGCAGGCUCUUCUUGGGACGUGGCAAACAGAUAGUCACCGGAAAGACGACGGUCACGCCGCUCAUGACGCAAGAUGGCUUCAACGCCGUGCAACUUAACACCAUCUCAAUCCCGGAUGAGUUCGACAUCUUGCUUACUAGGAGGUCCAAGUUGGGGACUGCAUCAUCUUCGACUCUGGCACUGUCAUGA